AUGGCAACUUCACUUCUCGGGGAGGAGCCGAGGUUAGGAUCGACUCCCUUAGCCAUGUUAGCCGCCACAUGUAAUAAGAUUGGGAGCCCAAGCCCGUCACCUUCGACUAUUACGGAUAAUUCCUCCUCAUUUGGGAAAGGAUUUCAUCCAUGGAAGAGAGCAGCGGCCAGCAGCUGCAGCCUCGGCUCUGGGCUCCCCGGCUUCGGGGUGAGCCGUAAUGGAUCAGGGAUCACGGAUUCAUUCGGUGCCAAUAACUCCAACGGAUCCAGCGCCUUUUCUUUGACCCCCGGCUCGACUUCUAGCUCCCACUUUGGAAACGAUUACUCCGUGUUCCAGGCGUCUGUUUCCAGCGGUUCCCAGGAGUCCAGCCACCAGCCCGUGUUCAUCUCCAAAGUGCACACAUCAGUGGACAGUCUUCAGGGCAUUUACCCCAGAAUGAGCGUAGCGCAUCCUUACGAGUCCUGGUUCAAGUCUUCUCAUCCCGGGAUCCCCACCGCAGACGUGGGCACCACCAGCGCGUCCACGUGGUGGGACGUGGGAGCGGGAUGGAUAGAUGUCCAGAACCCAAACGGAGCCGCGCUGCAGUCGUCCUUACACUCGGGAGGGCUGCAGGGCUCCCUGCACUCUCCUUUAGGCGGAUAUAACUCUGACUACUCCACUCUCAGCCACUCUGCCUUCAGCACCAGCCCCUCUCCGCACCUGUUGACCAGCGGGCAGCACCUGAUGGACGGCUUCAAGCCCGUGCUGUCUUCUUACCCGGACACUAGCGCCUCUCCUCUGGGGGGAGCAGGCGGCACCAUGCUGGCCGGGCCUCCCCCAGCCUCUUUAGCUGGCUCCCCGCGCUCCUCUGCGCGCCGGUACUCAGGCAGAGCCACGUGUGACUGUCCCAACUGUCAGGAGGCGGAGAGACUGGGGCCAGCGGGCGCAAGCUUACGCAGGAAGGGACUGCACAGCUGCCACAUCCCGGGCUGCGGGAAAGUUUACGGGAAAACUUCCCACCUGAAAGCACACUUGCGGUGGCACACUGGCGAGAGGCCGUUCGUGUGUAACUGGCUCUUCUGCGGGAAGAGGUUCACGCGCUCAGACGAGCUGCAGCGGCAUUUACGCACGCACACGGGGGAGAAACGGUUUGCGUGUCCGGUGUGUAACAAGAGGUUUAUGCGCAGCGACCACCUGAGCAAACACGUAAAGACUCACAGCGCAGGAGGCUCCGCGGGCUCUGGCUCCGGGGGCAGCGGGGGGAAGAGGGGAAGUGACACCGACAGCGAGCACAGUGCGCCCGGCAGUCCUCCGUGCCAGUCUCCUGACCUGUUGCAUCCAAGCGAGGCCGGCCAGGGGGUGACUCUGAGCGGCCUCUAA